CUCUCUAUCAAUCAAACAAAAAUCUGAUUAAAUAAAGCAAAAAACUUAAUUUCUGUGAUGCUCUGUCCCGCUUGCUACAGUUGACCAUUUACUUUAUAGGGAGACAUUGGUUUUGAGUGUUAAAUUCUCUUCAAUUAUUCCAGCACAAAAAAGGGUCUCUAGAAUAUUUUGCUUUUUUGGCUGUACAGUACAGCGCAGCAAGAAAAAUUUUCAGCAUAGAUUUUAUCAUUUGGAUUUUGGAGGAGUACUCGGUGGUUUUGGUGAUUUAGCAUUUAUGGCUGGCGGUGUCGAUUUGAUAUGCUUGGUGUUUAUGUGGAGCUUGUGGAGUACUUGUGAUGGUGCAACAAACACACUGAAAUCAGGUGAAAGUCUAGAUUCUUCAAGAUCAUUAGUUUCUGCUAAUGGGAAGUUCACUUUGAAUUUUCGUGUUUAUGAGCAUGAUGCAAACUUGAGUUACUUGGUUAUAAAGUGGAAUGCGAGUCAUAACUAUGCCUGGGUGGCGAAUAGAGAAACACCCAUUUUGUACCCUUUUGGAGUUCUUACAUUGGACAGGAACUACACAUUGAAGAUUACUCACAGAGAUGGGGGUGCUGUGGUGCUUUACUCUGCUGAUUCGAAGACCAUCAGUGGUGAUGUUGUGGCUACUCUUAUGGAUGAUGGGAAUUUUGUGCUGCAAGAAGUGAGUGAUGCUGGAUCGGUGAAGAGGGAUUUGUGGCAGAGUUUUGAUUAUCCUGGGGAUGUGCUUCUGCCAGGUAUGAAAUUAGGGGUUAACCGUAGUAAUGGGCAUCAUUGGUCACUUUCGUGCUGGUUAACUGAGAAAAGUGCAGUGCCAGGACCUUUCACUCUUGAUUGGGACCCUGAUGGACACGAAUUGAAAAUUAAGCGGCGUGGGGUGGUGUAUUGGAGUAGUGGAGUGUUUCGAGAUGGGAGUUUUGAAAAUAUUAAGCAGAAGAGGUAUAAUUUUAGCAUUGUUUCAAAGAAGAAUGAAGACUAUUUUAGUUACACUACUUUAGAUGAAAAUGCUGUAUCAGAGUGGCUGCUAACCACAAUAGGGCGACUAAAAGACUUUGAUGAAUCAAUUGAUAUUGCAAAAGCAGAUUCCUGUUAUGGGUAUAACACUGACAGUGGAUGCCAGAUUUGGGACCAGCCAACUAAGUGUGGGCGUUUUGGUGAUGUAUUUGAGCAAGAAAAUGGUUACUUUAAUCCAACAGAUGCUAGCGGCUCUACUGUAUCAUCAAGAAGUGAUUCAAAUACAAGUCUCAGUAUUAGUGAUUGUAAGGAUGCUUGUUGGGCAGAUUGUAACUGUCGUGGAUUCAUCUUUCUGUUUCCUAAUCAGACUGGAUGCCGGUAUUGGACUGGAAACUUUAAAUUCAUUGCAGACAGCGCAGGUUAUAGUUCAAGUGUUGUAUAUUUUUUAACAACAAAGUCAGACAGCAGCUCCUAUGCAGCGCAUAAGUGGAUAUGGAUUGGCGCUGCUAUUGGCACUUCUGUAUUUUUAAUGGCGGUUUGCAUCAUCUGCUGUCUAUUAAGAAGAAGAAAACUCUCCCUUUUUGGGAAGAACAAAGCAAAGAUUGAUGAGAAGGACCUGCUUGACUUAAGGGGAUCUGAUAUAUCAACUGAUGUCCACGGGAUUCAGAAUGAUGGAUCGAUGGGACAUGAUUUAAGAGCAUUUAGCUAUGAAUCUAUCAUGGCUGCCACAGACUGCUUCUCCUUACAAAACAAGCUAGGAGAGGGGGGCUUUGGACCUGUUUAUAAGGGAAAAUUGUCAUCAGGGCGAGAAGUAGCUAUAAAGAGGCUUUCAAGAGGUUCAGUGCAGGGAACAUUGGAGUUUAAAAAUGAAUUGAUACUCAUAUCUGAACUCCAACAUACUAACCUUGUUCAGCUCUUGGGAUAUUGCAUUCAUGGUGUAGAGAGGAUGUUAAUAUACGAGUAUCUGCCAAACAAAAGUUUAGACUACAUCUUAUUUGAUUCAACCAGAGGCAUGCUACUAGAUUGGAAGAAGCGUUUCAAUAUAAUUGAAGGAAUUGCUCAAGGAUUGAUUUACUUGCACAAAUACUCAAGAUUGAAAGUAAUUCAUAGAGAUCUUAAAGCUAGUAACAUACUACUUGAUGAAGAUAUGAAUCCCAAAAUUUCUGAUUUUGGUAUGGCAAGGAUUUUCACGGUUAAUGAAGUUGAAGCAAAUACUAAUCGGAUUGUUGGCACAUAUGGUUACAUGUCUCCUGAGUAUGCUAUGGAGGGAAUUUUUUCUGGAAAAUCUGAUGUCUUUAGUUUUGGAGUGUUGAUGCUUGAAAUCAUAAGUGGUAGGAGAAACAACAGCUUCCACAAUGCUCAUCGCUCGCUCAAUUUAGUAGGAUAUACAUGGGAGUUAUGGAAAGAAGGUGCAGGACUAGAUUUAAUGGAUCCAAGGCUAAGCGAUUCAUGUAAUAGAGAUCAACUGCUAAGAUGCAUACAUGUUGGUCUAUUAUGCGUGGAAGAAGAUGCAGAACAUCGGCCAACCAUGUCAGAUGCCAUAUCACUGUUGACAAAUGAAAGCUUGCCGUUACCUACACCAACAAAACCAGCAUUUUUCCCAGUAAGACGUGUGGCUGAAGUUGAUGUAAGUGGAAGCAAAUCAGAAAUUUCGUCAAAUGACUUGUCAAACUCCUUUGUUAUUGGGCGAUGAAGGCUUUAACAUUUGUCUAACAUAUGUUUGGUGUGCCUCAAAAUUAUACUUACAUGAAUGUGAUUGUAGCUUGUUUAGAAACGUUACUAGCUGGAACUGCAUAUGUGCCUGUGGCAGUAGGUGGAUAAACCACCUAGUUGUCCUGGCAGAGUUGGAACAACUGAGGACUUCUUUGUGGUUUGUGUUCCCCUGUACAAAAGUUUCUUAUACAUCAACACAUCUCCUCUGGAUUGUAGUUUGUACGUGAUAGGUAAUUGACAUGUAUACCAAGAGUUAGAAUUGUUUUGAUACUUGAUGUAUAUGAUGUGUACAAGUUUCCUGUCAUUAACAUCUUCAGCACUACUGUCAUGAUUAUGAGA